AUGGACAUGAAGGACAUACGAACACAAAUGGGUCAACUAGCUACUACUGUGAGCAAAUUGGAAGCACAAGCAGCUGGAAAACUUCCUUCACAUCCAUUAAAUCAUAAGGAUAAUGCCAAUGCUAUUGGUCUACAAAGUGGGAAUCAAGUAGAGAAGCCGACAACAUCACCGGUGUCCCAUGAACCUGAUUUGGAGAAAGAAGAGGGUGAAACAGCCCCUAAAAAGGCUGACCCGGUAACAAAUUCUAACUCUAAAACUCGUGUUUCCACUUAUGCUACUCGUCUGCCUUUUCUUAGCAGGUUUGCAAAUUCGAACAAGGAGACAUUGUACCAAGAGAUUUGGGAGAUCUUUAAGAAGAUUGAAGUGAACAUUCCACUAAUUGAGGCAAUAAGGCAGGUCCCUCGCUAUGCGAAGUUCUUGAAGGAAAUGUUUGAACGUGCUAUGAUAGAUCUAGGAGCAUCCAUUAAUUUCAUUCCUGCCUCCAUUUAUGAAUCAUUGAAUCUUGAUCCUCUUAAAGAUACCGGGGUUAUUGAGGAUGUUUUGGUGCAGGUUAACCAACUCAUAUUUCCGGAGGAUUUCUAUGUUCUUGACAUGAUGGACGAAGAUCCACCAUCGUCUACCCCCUUGAUGUUGGGUAGACCAUUCAUGAGAACCGCAAGAACAAAGAUAGAUGUUUUUAAAGGCGCUUUAACUAUGGAGUUUGAUGAUGAAAUCAUAAGCUUAAACAUCUUCGAGGCUAUGGGAUAUCCUAGUGAUGUGCAUUUAUGUUUUUCAAUUGAUAUUAUAGAUUAUCUUGCUCAACAGGUUUUUGAAUUGAAUAGUGACGAUGCCUUAGAAAACACCAUAAUGGAGUGUUUAGGUUAUGGAAAUACAAAGACUUUGAAAGUGAAUUGUCUAUGCUCGAUGAGCUUAUAG